CCUCAGUCAACACAUCACCACACACGCACACGCACUUUCAAACUCUCCAAGAUGGUCCUUCGCACUUGCUGCUUUUCCGGAUGCCGGACUCCAGCAGAACGCAAUGUCGGAAGCUGCAUGAUAUGUGGACAGCACCUGUGCCACGACCAUGUAAGAGGAGACAGUCACAAAUGCCCUUCAUACGACUCCGAUCCAGAUGCGUUCUAUAGUGAAUACCAAGACGCAAAAAGAAGUUAUCUCGUGGCUACCUUGGCAAGGAUCCAGGUCGAUGCUCUCAAGGCUAUAGCAAGCAAGGCCAGGAACGGCAUCCUUUGCUGUAUUCCUGCGCUCGCCAGUGAUGUAGACCAGAAUAGUCGCAUCAAGAUCGUUGAGGGGCAGUGCGGCGGCCAGAAUUGUCACCUAGAAGUAGUCUUUGAUGACAGCGUUGUGUGGAUCGCGAGGAUACGCCUCUCGGACCCGCUGCUGCCUCCCCAGCCCGUGCAGGACCACAUUUUCUUAAGCGAGGUCGCAACCCUCCAGUUCCUCGCUCAGACGUCAAUACCCGUCCCAGCUGUGUAUGAUUACCAGCUAGGAUCACCUAACAACCCCGUGGGGACAUCAUACGUGUUAAUGGAGAAGAUGCCAGGGAAGCCCUUGGACUGGGGCAGAGCCACGCCAGAGCAGCGGUCCAAGGUUGUAAGGCAACUAGCGGAUAUAUACUUGGAGAUUGAGAAGCAUCCCCUGCCGGCAACUGGCUCACUAGUUUCCGCGAAGGACACUGGAAAAGUCGGGGGCUUCGCUCAAAAGCCUUGGUUCACAACACCAGAAGCACCAAGCGGGCCCUUCACGUCGCUCGCCGUCGCUUAUGAGACAGUCAUCCACCAGCAUCUGCAGGCCAUUUCCAUCCGGGAGAUUGCAAACCUUCCCAUCGACAAUUACCUCGCCUUAUCGUACUACCUCUCCGCGGUCCCGGACCUAGCCGCGUCAUCGGCCUCGCGCGAGGGGCCAUUUUACCUCAAACACGGCGAGGACAAAGGCGAUCAUAUCUUUGUGGAUGACGAAUAUAAUAUCACGGGCAUGAUCGACUGGGAGUUUGCGUCGGCCGAACCAAAGGAGCUCGCAUUCAGCUCGCCGUGUAUGAUGUGGCCGGUGGGUGAUUUCUACGACGGUAAGAACAACCUCGCCGAGGAAGAGGUGGAGCUCGCCAGCAUCUUCGAUAGUUGCGGCCGGGGGGACCUCGCUAGGUGCGUUAGGGAUGGCCGGCGCUGGCAGCGAUUAAGCUAUUUCUUGGGCGGUGAUACCCCGAGAGAUGAGGCUGAAUUCGAAUCGCUUUUCAAGGGCCUCCGAAGCAGCUUCGCCGAUGACAAGGAAGAUGUUUCAUAUAAGGAGUGGAAGCAAAAAGCGCUCGAUACUUUCGCUAGGGACAAUCGGCAGCUUAAGAAACUGCUGACCCAGGAAACGUAAACCUGGCAAAAACAAAAAGGGCGAGAAGAUCAAAACACUGAACUCAUUGUGCGACAAACAGCGCUGACAUCAAAGCAAACGAUUUGAUCAGAUUAGAGUAGAAAACA